UAUAGGCUGAAAUUUUGUGGUUGGGUUAAGCCCAGGACCUCUGCAAAGAGGACCCACUUUUUUUUUCUUUCCAAAAUAACAGCGUCCAGCCACGCACAAAUGUUAGAUAUAUACCUGGAGAUACUGAGAGAGAGGAAGCAUUUUAGUGCCUACAAUUAUACAACUUACGCUGUCAGGGGGAUAAGAGAUGCCUUCAGAGAAAAUAAGAAUGUAAAAGACCCUGUAGAAAUUCAGACUCUACUGAAUGAAGCCAAAAGAGACCUGGGAAUGAUUUGGUGGCAGGUCUGUGUUGGCCAGCCAUUAUGUUCAACUGACUAG